ACCAUCCGUGCAUGUAAACACGUGUCAAAAGCCCAUCAAUUUUUUUUGGCGGGUGACGUGUCACUCAAAGUUCCUUCACCUCCUCUAUAUUUCUAUUUCACCAAGAAAACCCUCGAGCUAAUGGCCCCUAAGGAGCUAGCGCAUACCCUUUCUUGUAAUUUCACAAACUCCCAAGAAGAGUGUCCCUAGGGUUUUUUGUGCAUAUCCAUUAAUUAUCCACCCCCAGAGAGCCAGCGACAAGUGACAGAGAGAAAGCACCCUCACACACACCCAUCCUCUCCUCUCCCUGUCCACCACCUCCCCGCUUCUCUCUGUUUCCCCAUUUCUUGCCCUGUUUCUUAAACUCUCACGAAAACAUUUCCUUUUCUCCCUUUUCUCUUACAAAAUGGUAGUGUUAGUGUCAUGCCCUUCUUUUAUUUUCUCUUGUUCAAGAAAUUGUUUUUUUAGUAGCUCAUCAAGAAAUGAUUAGACCUUUGCAAAGUUACCACCUUUAAUACCUCAAUCAUCUUAAAAAUCUAAACCCAGUGGUCUAAUACAGUAAAUUCUCCUCUUUCUACUUUGAACCAAGAGAGACAAGAAAAAAAAAGUUUGCUUAAUACACGGGUGUGAUCAUGGAUCUUAAAGGAACGAAAUCAUCACGUGAAGAUGAGAGUAGUGGUAGUGGUGAUAUUGAGGGCAAGAAGGCUUGUACUGAUUGCAAGACUACUAAGACCCCAUUGUGGAGAGGUGGACCAGCUGGCCCCAAGUCAUUGUGUAAUGCUUGCGGGAUCAGAUACAGAAAGAAGAGAAGUGUGAUGAGAUUAGAAAAAGGUCCAGAGAAGAAAAGGGAAAAAACUACCACCAGCAACACCACUACUGCCACAGACAUUUCCACUAUCACUACAGCCACAACAACAAACACUGCUCAGGUUGUUAGUGGCAACGGACUGAUCAGUGAGUCCUUGAGGAUGAGCUUGAUGGUUCUGGGUGAAGAAAUGAUGUUGCAAAGACCAUCGGUUGUGAAGAAACAAAGGUGCCAAAGGAAAAGGAAGCUGAGAGAGGAAGAGCAGGCUGCCUUUUCUCUGAUGGCUCUGUCUUGUGGUUCAGUCUUUGCAUGAAAGGGGAAAUAACGUAGGUGGUAGUACAAAAAUAGGGACGAAGAUAGAGAAAACCCUGACCUUAACUUACCCAAAUACCUUUAGUUGUUCCUUUUUAGGUUAGAAAGAGAAGAAAAACUACACCACAAACGAGGUUGCUUAGGUGUUUGAUGAAAUGGAAUGAGAAAAGAAAUGGCCCUCUGUAAUGUUUUUUUUGUUUGUGGUGGAGUUUUUCCUCGUUCUGGAGGAAGUAUAGUCAAGGGAGACAGUGUCAUUCCUGUUUUGGUGGGCAUUUGUAUAUACUAUUUCCGGAAUUAAUGAAGAAAAUAAUAUAUGUUUAGCAA